UUAAAUCCUUUGUUAUUAAGAUAUGUAAAUUUACGCGUACAAACUUUAAAUAAUGGUUUUGCUUGCUCAUUUGUUCUUUUUUUUCUUACCUCCAAACUGGAGAGUCAAUAUACUAUAGUACGUUCGUUCACAACAAUAACCUAAAUCUUUAUGUUUUGAAGUGUGAACUUUAAAACUCCGCGUACAAAUGUAUGUGUCUCAAUGUAAAAUAUCAUGGGAAUAUACUUAUUAAUAUCAUAUGUAACUAUAUAUAAAUAUGAUAUAUGCGUAGUUAGGUAUACAUGUCAAUGCUUAUCUAAUAUUAAUGUCUUGAUACAUUUGAAAAGCAAAUCUUCAACAGAACAAAAAGGAAAGAACAUUUAGCUAAACACAGGAAUCAUAUCAUUUAUUCAGUUAUUGCCAAAGAUUUUAAAAAGUCAAGGGAUGAAUAAGCCAGUUUCUUACGAGGAACGCUGUCGGAACCAGCUUCAAGCAAUGUUAAAGAACGACAUCAAAAAAAGUGGUGGAAACCUCAAUUUCUUAUAUAGGCCCAAUAAUAAACCUAUACACAGUCCGGUUCACAACCAAAUUCAGAAGGUAUUGUACCUUUUGCAAAACAAACUCUUCGAAGAAUGUGCUUCAGAACUCAGACGGAUUGACUUACCAACACUGCAUGCUAUCCUUAAUGACAUUCCUUUUAAACUACUCUACGAGUCGAUUCCUUUGUCUCUUCCAGUUCUUGAUGUGCUCUACACUCGGCUAUACCAAAGCACUACACCUGGAUCUGCCUCAUGGCGUCUACUCUCUCCAGAUAUGCUUGUGCCAAAGUUGAUUCUGUUUUUUGCUGAAGAAUGGUUAGCUUCAGGGAAGGGUGGGAAAAAUUGUAACGGUUAUUUUCCGGCAUGCCGAAAUCUUUUGUGGAUGGCUUCCACAGUCGACACAUCUUUGGCUGAUAGUCUCCGAACAGCUAAAGUUACUAUGGAAUCUAAUAUUGAAAAGCUGGGUAAACACGGUUUGGUUGAAUGCUUUGAUGGAUCCUUGAAAAGUUUGCAGUCUUCGUUACAAUUUGAGAUGAACCACAUGAUACAACAAAUGAAGCAAGCUUUAAACUUACUGAAAGAACAACGAGGCAAAGAUUUAACUGAUACUAUUUCCGAAUCAGCACACCAACGACUUCUGCAAGUAACAAGUGCUGAACUGGAAACACGUAUAUUCCGCAACACAUCCCUUUUGUCUAUAAUUGAACCAGCCACAAAAUGUGAAUCUUUUCUAAAGCUUCUUUCGGAACUGCGUCAAAGAGCAGAAGACGAUAAAACUGUACUUCGAGAUUACAAAUCUCUCCUACGUAUGAAUGGUCUACCCUGCAACUCUGUACGGCUUGAAACUGUAGCUGUUGAGUUUCAAAAAUUUUCCCAUGGCUAUUCAACGGCGUUGAAGCUCCUAAGCGAAGUACGAUCUGAAAGAGGAGGAUCAGACAGUGUAAGUCCUUGGGAAAUGUCUUCCGAGGAUUCUAAUUUAACAGAUCAACCAAAUUUAUGUGGCGCGCAACCUGAAAUACAAGCAUUUUCUGCUGUAACUUGUGAGUGUUUCUUUUAUUCAUCUUUUAUUGUUUAUAUUUAUGGCUACUUUUACGUGUUACUCUACGAAUGUUAACGGACCAAAGCCAUUUUCCUCCUUCUAGAUUGAGGAAUAUUAGUGAAGUUAAUAUUCAUUCCGAAACGUUGCGAGUUACUAGUUUGGAGGGAAAAUUUUAAUGAAAAGGCAGCAGAAUGAACUAGUUAUUAAGGAGGUUGGAAAUUGAAAUGCAGUCAGUGUGACUGGAUAUGAGAAAUAGGCUCAUCCAUGGAUAAUACGAGUUAUUACUUCAGAUGAUAAUUGUAACUGACUGAAACCCACCACAGCAAAAGUUACUAAAUAAAAUCUGAACGGGAUAUUAUUUCAAAUAUCUGUAUCUGGACGAGACAUACUAUGGAGAAAAGUAUUGCAUCAAAUUUGAAUUGCAGCACUCUCUUUGUAAUAAUAC